AUGCCGUUGUGCGGGCUGAUUGCUGGACGGAUUUUAUGUAUGCACGGCGGACUUUCUCCUCAACUCGCUGCAAUUGAUCAGCUUCGACAACUACCUCGUCCACAGGAUCCACCAAAUCCAUCAAUGGGUAUUGAUUUGCUUUGGGCAGAUCCAGAUCAAUGGGUAAAAGGAUGGCAGGCUAACACUCGGGGAGUAUCAUAUGUGUUCGGACAGGAUGUCGUCAUUGAUAUGUGUCAGAAGCUUAACGUUGAUCUCAUUGCUCGAGCUCAUCAGGUGGUGCAGGACGGCUACGAAUUCUUUGCCUCCAAAAAGAUGGUGACCAUAUUCUCGGCCCCUCACUACUGUGGACAAUUCGAUAAUUUCGCAGCUACGAUGAAGGUAAGCGAGGAUCUUAUCUGCAACUUCGCCAUGUAUAAGCCAACCUCGAAAGCAGCUCGCAUUGCCGCUGGUAAUGCUUAA